CCAGCCCCAGCGAUCCGGACUGCAGACCCCGUGACCCUAUUCCCUGGCCAGUGCGCGCCGGAGCAGCUCGGGACUGCGCAGCGCUCUGCGUGCAGACAUGGGAAAGUCUUUUUCUCAUUUGCCUUUGCAUUCAAAUAAAGAAGAUGCUUAUGAUGGAGUCACAUCAACUGAAAAUAUGAGGAAUGGACUGGUUAAUAAUGAAGUCCAUAAUGAAGAUGGAAGAGGUGGAGAUGUCUCUCAGUUUCCGUAUGUGGAAUUUACAGGAAGAGAUAGUGUCACUUGUCCCACUUGUCAAGGAACAGGAAGAAUUCCUAGGGGGCAAGAAAACCAGCUUGUGGCAUUGAUUCCAUAUAGUGAUCAGAGAUUAAGGCCAAGAAGGACAAAGCUGUAUGUGAUGGCUUCUGUGUUUGUCUGUCUGCUCCUUUCUGGAUUGGCUGUGUUUUUCCUUUUCCCUCGCUCUAUUGACGUGAAAUACAUUGGCGUAAAAUCAGCAUACGUCAGUUAUGAUGUUCAAAAGCGUACAGUAUAUUUAAAUAUCACGAACACACUAAAUAUAACAAACAAUAACUAUUAUUCUGUCGAAGUUGAAAAUAUCACUGCACAAGUUCAGUUUUCAAAAACUGUUAUUGGAAAGGCUCGCUUAAACAACAUAACCAAUAUUGGCCCACUGGAUAUGAAACAAAUCGAUUAUACGGUACCUACUAUCAUAGCAGAAGAAAUGAGUUAUAUGUAUGAUUUUUGUACACUGAUAUCAAUCAAAGUACAUAAUAUCGUACUCAUGAUGCAAGUUACUGUGACAACAACAUACUUUGGACACUCUGAACAGAUAUCCCAGGAAAGAUACCAGUAUGUUGAUUGUGGAAGGAACACAACUUAUCAGUUGGGGCAGUCUGAGUAUCUAAAUGUACUUCAGCCACAACAGUAAAAAUUGAAUGGUAUGCCAGUGGAGAAGAAGAAAUCCCUAUCGAUAUUUUCUAGAACUCUGAAGAAUGAGGUACUUACUUCCUGAUAGGAGAUCUUAAAUUGAAGAAAACUAAAGUUUACACCUUCCAUUUUAGGGGUACAAGUAAAAGUAUGUGGACUCGAACAUUACUGCAGCGAUCCACUCUGUGUUCAUGUUGUCUGUACCAGGAUCUUUUACUUGAAUCUAAAUUUGCCAAUUGAUUUUCUUCUCCCCCUCUCCCUAGCGGGGGAAAUUGAGACUUCCCAUGUAGGACAGUAAAUAAUUUACAAUUCACAGCUUCGGCCACUACUGAAAACCUAACUUUGAUGAUGGACAUAAUUUGAGAAACUUUAUUUCUGAAUGUUUUUAUAGAAUAUUACUGAGAGCCUGUUAUUCAUGAAAGACUUUUUAAAAAUAACCUUUUUUUUUCUGUUUUAUAAAUUCCCAUUGCUACAUAGUAGGAUUUCAAGGUAUUUUAGCUUUUAGCUAAACAUUUGUAGUUUUUCAUUUGUUGAAAUUCUACUCAUUUGCACGUUUUUGUCAGUCU